AUGACUACUUUGGGCAACCUGACACCCUCAAGCACUGUGUUUUUCUGUUGUGAUAUGCAAGAGCGAUUCCGCCCUGCCAUCAAGUACUUCGGUGACAUCAUCAGUGUGGGCCAGCGACUGCUCCAGGGUGCACGGCUCUUAGGAAUUCCAGUUAUUGUAACUGAGCAGUAUCCCAAAGGUCUUGGCAGCACUGUGCAAGAGAUUGAUUUAACAGGAGCUAAGCUUGUGCUUCCCAAAACAAAAUUUUCAAUGGUGUUGCCAGAAGUUGAAGCAGCAUUAGCAGAGAUCCCUGGAGUCCGCAGCGUUGUCCUGUUUGGAGUAGAAACUCAUGUCUGCAUCCAGCAAACAGCAUUGGAAUUAAUCGGCAGAGGUCUGGAAGUUCAUAUUGUAGCUGAUGCCACCUCAUCAAGAAGUAUGAUGGACAGAAUGUUUGCUCUUGAGCGUCUUGCUCGUACUGGAAUUAUAGUUACUACUAGUGAAGCUAUAUUGCUGCAGCUGGUAGCUGAUAAAGAACAUCCAAAAUUCAAAGAAAUCCAGAAUCUCAUUAAGGCGAGUGCCCCCGAGUCAGGGCUCCUUUCCAAGGUUUGAAGAGGAUGUGGACAAGUGGAUCUCAUUGUCAUCUUUAAGGAGGAAGGAGAGUGUACAUGUACACCUUCUUUCACUCAAAGUUUGGUAGAAGUGUAAAAUUAAAAUUUGAUAUACUUGUGCUUGCCUUAGCAAAAUUGUCUGGUUAUACAUCUGGGUGCCAGUAUGUUCUGUUUAGUUACAGCUGUCAGAGGCUUUGGAUACUGUAGGACCCUUUUGUUGUUAAAUUUCCUUAUUUAUUUAAAAAACAAAAACUAACAGAGGUGCCUGCUAGUCUAUAAUAUACACUGAUUGUAACAGCUCCAAAAAGUAUUUCUGUGACACCUCUUGACUGUGCACUUUGUAACAGCAUUCUGUGAGAUUCUGUUUUACUUUUGUAUUAAUAGGAGAUAAUUACGUAUUGGAUAAAUGUGAUGUGAUAUGCUUUGAUGUUCUGUGUAAAUGGAGUAUUUUAAUAGGGCAUCAGUUAAAGCCGAGUAAGA